AUGCUGGACUCAACGCCCAUGCCGCAGCUGCCAAGCAAAAGGAACGGUGUGCUCGAGACUGGGAACGUCCUUACCCUGCGCGACCAAGAAGCCAAGCUCGAUCAGAUCCAGAAGGACAAUUUUGGCUUGAAGCUGAAGAUUCACUACCUCGAGGAUGCGAUGCGCAAGAGUGGGAGCGAGUUUCAGCAGCAGACGCUGCAGGAGAAUCAGGCUAUGGAACAGCGGCAGGAAGAUGUGCGGCAGCUCGAGCGAGAGCUCGAAUCAGCUCGUAUGGCCAGCAAGGGUGGCGUUGAGGAUGCCGAACGUCGUUUUGCCUUGAUCAAGAAACAGCUGCAAGCUGAAUUCGACGAGGAAAAGGAUGCCCUAGACGCAGAAAUCGAGCUGCUAGAUAAGCAUUUUGUCGAAGUUGAGGCCGAGAAAGCCCGGCUCAACUCUCGCAUUCAGGACCUUGAGGUAGAGAUCAGCCAGGCAAGACUUGCCAAGUCCGAGGGAACUCCUGUGAGAGAGCGCAAUGAUCUUCGGGCGCAACUACGCAAGUCAGAGACCGAGCGUAAUACGCUGGAGUCAACCAUCAGAAAGCUUCGCAUCGACCUCAAGACAGCUGAGACAACCAAGACAAAUUUGUCGCCGGUUCGUGAUCGCGAGGAUCUGAGGCGACAACUUGCAGAGGCGCAUAGCAAGAUCUCGAGGCUGGAGCAGAAGGUGGAGUCUUUGGAAGCCGAGCUGCAGUAUGCAGAGCAGGAGAAGACACUUGCAGAAGAGCGUGGCGAACUCCAUGACCUUCUUAAGAAGUCCAAGAUUGAAGCAGAACAACUCCAGAUCGAGCUUACAAAACGUGACAGGGCCGACAAAAGUCAGAAGCGGAGAGAGAGUGAGCUUCAAGCACAGCUGCAGGAUGCUCAAGCGGAGAUUGAAGACUUGCAAGUACAAAUUGCAGACCUGGAGAACCGCACGCAAGCACAAACGAGCAAGGAGCGUGAGCAUCGAAAUAACAUCAAGGAGCUCAAGCGCGCCAAGCAGGAAUUGGAGGAUCUGCAACUUCAACUCCAAGACCGCAAUGGAUCUUCAUCUGGUCACGCCCGUCGAGAAGCAGAACUCCGCGCUCAGCUACGCGAUGCUCAGUCCGAGGUCGAUCAGCUGCAGAUGGAUCUUCAAGAGCGCGAGGCCCAAAUACAGAGUGCGGCCAGCAAAGAACGCCAACUUCGCGAGCGCCUGCAACGUGCGCGUGCAGAAGACACUGCGAACUUCCAUGCCCAGAACAACAACCAAGGUGAUCUCGAAGACGCAGAAUUGGAAAUCCGUACCCUCCAAUCUCAUCUUCAAGACCGUGCAGCGAAACUCUCGGCUUCCAUGAAGAGAGAAGAGUCACUCAAAGCUAAACUUCAAGCAGCCAAAGCUUCUGCUAAGCAGGCGCAAUACUCCGCCGAGCACUCUCAGGAUCUCGUUCGGGCUCAGGACAAUUCAUCAGCACUGACGAAACGCCAUCAAUCUGAACUGAAAGGUCUCGUAAAGCAAAUUCAGUUCCUGCGAGCCAGCUUGCAUCGAGAAAUGCAGUUCCGUGCUGAUUUGAUCCAUACGAAAAACUACUUCUUGUUGCAGGUGAGCAUGUACAAUGCUUGUAACAAGGAGGAUUUGAGACUAUUGGAGGAGAUUGGCGUUACGCCUGAUAUGAGUUUUCGGGAAAAGAAGAGGAGUUUGAGGAGUGUGGGAUUGAUGGUCGUCGCAGGAGUCCGAAUGAAGAUGGGGGCGGAGAAGUGGAAGGAGCAGAAGCGAGUCGAGGAGGUUUUGUUGAAGAAGUUGGAAGGGGUGAGAAAGGGGCGGAAGCAAGUUGAGGCGAAAUAGAGGCUGUCGCCGACGUUUCGAGCUCUGGUUUUUGUGUUGAUGACUUUUCGCUUAAGCGUGGUGUUGGUGGGUGGGCAUUGCAUAACCGGGGAUGAUGAUGUGACGUUGUGAGGCGAUUGUUCUUCUGUAUUCGAACAUAUCCCCGAUCAACUAUCAGCUCUUUUUUUAUACGAGGUUGUUUCAACCUUUUCUCUCCGGGCACCUGCUCAAGUGCAAUGUCCUCUCUCUCUCUCUUAUCUCUCCACCAAUCACAUCCAUCACCUCUCCCCCCUCUCCCCUGAUCAAUAAAUCUCAAACUCGUACGCAUCCAAAUCAUAAUGCCACGUAUCCAACGACGUCUGAUCAUACACACACUCCAUACUCGUCCCAUUAUUAUUAUCAAUAUCAUCAC